AUGACCAACUCCAACUCACUCCGACACAGACGAUCUCAAGCCAAGGGAUUGAUAUCCAUACCUUUUCCAACAUCCUCCUCAACAUUCAUGUUUGAUGACACCCAACAAGGUCAGGAAGCUCGUCCUAGGUUUAGUGGGGAAAGUUUGACUCCUAACGAUGGGUAUUCGGGAUUGUUCACUUCGGGAAUGUUCCCCAACUGCGUCCCCACUCCAUCUCCAACCUUAUCUUCUUUCCCCUCUCCACCCAAAUCUCAGCCAUCCCAAGGUCAGUCAUCGAACAAAUAUUCUCACUUAGCUCCACCAUCUUCAUUAACCACCAACGAUAACAAUAACUUCAAUACACCUCAACGACGACGUCGAUCAUCUAUAAUCCACACCACCGCCUCCUCCGUCUCGCCCAAGAAACUCAAAUCCGUAGGAGUCGAUAACGGCGUGGAAAGGGCUCUGGAAGGUGUAAUGCGUAAUUUAAGAGUUACGAUCACACCUAAGAAAUAUAAUUAUAACGGUAAUGGGAAACUACAAUCUAGAUGGUCUUCAUCCACUGAAGGAUCUUCGGUCGAUACUCAUGAGAAUAACGAGGAUGAAGGGGGAUUGAUCAAACCUAGAAUAUCCAAUGAGACCAGUAGGUCGAAAUUGACUUUCAAAUCUACGAAAUCUACGAAAUCUACGAAAUCUACGAAAUCCAAAAAGGAAAAAGGCAGGAAAUCCGAAGAUACCGAUAGGAUGGAUUUGGAUAUACCUUUCCCCACGAACGAUGUACCGGAAGUGCCGCCCGUACCAUCUCAGAUGCUUAUACCAACAACUCCAGGGAGAAGUAGGAGGAUGAUGAAUGGUUUAGUCAAGAGGUUAGGUCUUACACCGAAGAAGAAUAAACAAUCUAUACCACCUACAUCUAUACCUCCAAUGCCUGAAUCCCACGACCCAUUACCAUCCCCUCUGCCACUUCCACUUCCACCCUCAAUCGAAGAUCCCGAACAUACCAUCCCUCGAAAAUCAUCUUUUGGCACUAUACGAUCUGCCUUGACGAAGAAAUCGUCCAAUACAACACUCCGAUCGAUGAGAUCGGCCGCUCAUCCUACUCACCCAUUUGCAAAUAUCGAUAACUGUACACCUCCUUUACCUCUUCCAGCAGGAUUACCUAGACCGAGUCAUCACGAUGAUCUUCCCGAUUGUUUUCCCUCAACUCCUAAGGGCGGUAGGAGAACACCCAAAUCAUCUAUUGGUCAACCUAAAUUACAACCCAACCAAAAUCUAUCUCCAUCCCAUUUCCUCAAGGAAUUGCCUAGGAGAGCACCUGAAACUCCUAAACGAGAUGGAUCUGAUAUUCCUCGUGGGCAAGACGGUGAACAGGACGGAGUGAUUAGAUUUGAAGAAGAGCAUUUAGGUGAUAUAGUGACGUCUCCUCCUUCUAGAGAUAUUGACAAUCCACCUGAGUUAGAAAAGGAGGUGGCAGUGGAAGAUUCGCUUGAUUUCGAUAAAUCUCAAGAAAUUUUCACACCUAUUUCCAAACCUCAACCUAAUGGUAAUGGUAAACCGACACAGGCUCAAAUUGUUAUUCAACAAACAUUGAAUUCAUUGACCAAAACACAGUCUGAAAUGCUCUCGUCGCCAUUCCAACCAAGUGGUAUUUCAACACCUACCAAUUUCGCUCUAUCCCAAAUUCGAGACACAGGUGGAAAAGGAAGACCAAAUGGAUUAGCGUUGAAUAUCGAUCUGACCAAGAACAAGUCACAUAUACAAUUGGGCUCACCGCUCAAUCUUACGAAUGUCCCUUUGAACAGUAUGGGCACCGCCAAAUUGAGAAGUAAGAAAUCUACCGAAGGUUUAGGUUUAAAAACGGGAGGACCAUUAUCUAUGAAGAAUGUCAACUCUGUGGGUCUACCCGCUCCUCCUGCUCCAGCUUCUUCUAAUGAGAACAAGAUAUACUCAAGGAUGUCAAGGAAAGAUCCAUUGGGAAUAAUGAAACGUUUCAAGCCAUCUAUCAAACCAUCCGACAUAUCUGAUGAUAUGCCAUAUAGAGGUGGAGCAGGCGAUGGAUGGUCCACUCCUAUUCCUUUCCCUGAACCAAGACCUUCCGGGGAGAGGGAAAGAAAGUUGAAUUUAGGUACUGUAGAAAGUUAUUUUGAUCCUAAUCUCGGUACGUUCGGUACUCCCAGGUAUUCAUAUCAGACUAGACGUGAAAUACCGGAUUUCACAGUUCCUCCACCACCCGAUUCCAAUCAUUCCUCUUAUACCAUCACUACUGAUGGAAUGGAAAUGGAAAUGGAGAAUACAAAUUAUAGAUUCGAAGAUGCAGAUCAACAGCAAGGUCAGAGUCCAGAAUAUUAUUUUCAAUUAGAAAGACCUUCUCUAGAUGAUAUCGAUAUCGACGAUGACGAUAGGAACGACGAUGGAAGAUAUGGUUUGGGUACAGGCUAUGGACAGGAUGAUAGAAUCAAAAAAUCAAGUGAUCAUACGAUACAUACCAUUCAUACGAUGACUACUGGAGAAGGGGUUGAGGAAUGGGAGUUGGAGAGGUACUUGAGAGAUUUAGAGAGGGAGGAGGAAAGUAGGGCAUCAUCGAGAAGAGGUGAGGUGGUUUAG